CCAUGCCAGAUGCUUUCUGGGAAAUGUAGUCCCCUCUUUCAUAUCGUUACGUGUUUCCUCGAAGUGGAAAAACUACAAACUGGCCGGUCGUCGUUAGGAGAAGGAGCACUCCGGCUUUCUGUACGCCAACAGGCAGCCAAAAUGUUGGCCAUCCUGUCUGUGCUGUUUUUAUUCCUUUAUAACCCAGUUUGCGGCGUUUUUCAGAAACUUUACUGCACCAUAUCAGACAGCUGUGACUGCGAUUUUAAACCGAAUAUCAGAGACCUGGAGUGGGAUCUCUACAAGAAUGUUUAUGGACAACACCUGGCCCAGGACAUCGUAUCAGAGGAGGUGGCGAAGUUCCUUCAGAAUAAAAGCCCCGAGCGGCCCCUGGUGCUGUCCUUCCAUGGCUCCUCUGGAACAGGAAAGACGCUGGUCAGCUCCAUGGUGGGAAAUCAUCUGUACGGCUCUGCGAUGAGCAGCCCGUACGUCCACCAGUUUGUUCCCACGCUGCACUUCCCCUUACCUGACCAGGUCAAGGUCUACAGGAAGAAGUUGAAGAGCUGGGUGCAGGGGAACCUGACGGAGUGCGCUCGCUCGGUCUUCUUUUUUGACGAGAUGGAGAAGAUGCCUCCAGGUCUUAUAGACGUCUUGGAGCCCUUCCUGGGUCCCUCCCACGUUGUGUUUCGCACCAACUACCGCAAGGCCAUCUACAUCUUCAUCGGCACCACAGGAGAGGAGGUGAUUAACAAAAUGGCUCUGGAGAACCGGCAGGCUGGACGGGACAGAGAGGACAUCAAGUUGGCCGACUUGCAGGAAGCCAUCGCACAAACGGUUUACAACAGCAACACAAGCGGCUUCUUCCAGUCCAGCAUCAUCCGGCAGAAGCUCAUCACCCGCUUCGUUCCCUUCCUGCCGCUGAGCCGAAGCCACGUGGAGCGCUGUGUCCGCUCGCAGCUCUGCCAGCGGGGCAGCUGCGGACGCAGUGACGUGGUGGAGGCAGUAGGGGGCUACAUGAGCUACACUCCCGUCCAGGGACAGUACUUCUCCUCUACCGGCUGUAAGGCCGUCCCUGCCAAAAUCAACCUCUUCCUGUAAGCCGAAGGGGGAACUGUUUGUAUUUUUAAAGACUGAAAGGGAAACUCCUCCUGAGGUGAGUCGGUGAAAAGAAACAGAUCUGCGAGUCUGUCUGAAUCAGUUUCUCCCACAUGGAGGUCAGAGCAGCAUCUCUGGAGCAGGCAGGGAUUCAGAGUCGAGGACGCUUCCUGUACUUGAAGGGGAACUGAAAUCGCAACCGCCUGAAUUCAAAGCAGUUUUGCGCUGUCAAAGCUGGGUUUCCCUCAAGGCAUCGUUGCUGUAGCGGUCGGCACGUGUCCAACUGUGAGCACAAGAGAGUUUUUCCUCUGAGCAUUAAUUCGGUGUCUAAACCAGGAGUCACGCCGCACUCUACCUCAAACCCAACUCUACCUUUAAUUUAUUUACUCUGAAGUUGGUACAGUGUGGCUCCAGAUUUCAGCUGCAGUUCGUUUGCCAUCAGUGGAGGUCAUCAAUUAUUUUGUUUUAAGUCUAUUUAUUUAUCUUUUCACUAUUCGCUGCGGGAAGCUUCCCAGUUCCCCCACAGGUGUCCACAGCAGAUCUCUUAGCCGACUAGCAGCAGCAGUAGAAAGAAGCUCAGCCUCCUCUCUCACUGAUGCCGAUUUUCUGUUUUGUCUUCACAGUUUGGGAGUUUUACUAAAAGGGGUCAGAAGUCUCAAAAUAGUUCUGAAAGUUUUAAUUUGUGGGGAAAAAAAUCUUUAUGGUCAACACAAAGUUGCAAAGAGUUCCUGCAUGCUGCAGUAAGGGGGGCUGAAAUGUAGCUGAUCUCAACCGCGUCCAUUUUAUUUUAGCUGGAUUACAGUACAUUUUUAGGCUCUUUCUGAAGAGCGUUGGAAAGCAAACACUAGAAUAAGAGAUACAAGGUUGUGACUUCUGAGUGAUUGGGAUGUAAUUCCAUGUGAGACCGGAGCUUUAAAGACAUUUAUGGCACAUGUUUUAGCUCAUGCCAUCAUUAGUGCUGAACCAAAUCUAACCAGUAUAAUUUAACAAUAUUCAACAAUUAUAAUGAUAUCUACCAAUACUAGUUAAAAUAAGAAUUCAAUUAUCACUUAAAUAUCAGCUCCCUCAAGAAAUGCAACUAGAAUGACUUCAAAUGACUUUUAGUUUUCCUCUAAAUAAUCAGCAUAACAGCAUCCAACAUAUGUUGUACCAAACUACAGCUCCUGUCUAAAGAGGGGAGUAGUUUUUUGUUUUUAAAUGAAGGAAGAAAUCUGAAGCAGAAGAUGGAUUUUACUUGAAAAUAUUAUCACUUUGCUGCUGUCCGCCACCAGGGGGCAGUAAAGACUUCAUUUUGCCAAGAGGUGAAGCAGAGUUCGCCUGCAGCUCGGUGCAUUUUAAUUCUGUUAAUCUGUAAAAAAUGAUAUUAUAUUUUGUUUCUUUAAUGUAAAAUGUAUUGUAAAAGGUAUUGCCUGUGUGUUUAAACACACUCAAAGUGCACUUUACUCUUAUGGAGGAUAAAAUGGACCUGAUAUAUUAUUGAGAUAAAGAACUUUGUUUGUCUCACUCUGUCUUUGUGAAGGCAGUGCAUGUGUUGAGAAGUCAGUAUGCAUCUGACAAAAUGAAUACUUUAAUUCAGAAAUAUUGCCACGAGUUUGAGUUGUUUACAACUAAUUAAUGAUUGUAACCCAUUAAUUAUUUGUUGUGUUAAAUGACGGCUGUAUGAAGACCUGCGGCAGCAAGUCAGACAAUUAAAAUGCAAUGAAAAUCAAGCUUAAUUAAAUUUACAAGUGCAGUACAUUAACAUGAAUUUCUCAUUGGAGCAAAGACAUGAACACAAUAACAGACUGAAUAUUGACAUAUAAGGCAGAAGUCUGUAACAUACAGUCCAUCUUUACUGUUCAGUCACUGUUGUCAAAACAGUGAAGUAGUCCACAAGAUCCAUUUAUUAAUUUCGAACCUGAAUGAACUUGUACUGUACACAGAGAAGACAGCCUGUAAAUACCCACCAGACUCCAUGCAAAUAUCAGUCGUUUUUGCCUUCAGAGGCCAGACAGUGCGAGUGUACCAGUCGUACACUUCUUACCCUGCCAUACUAAAUUACCUAAUCUCCUUUUAAGCAGAACAAUCACUGCACACACACUCAGCAGCGGCCAUUAUUUGUAGGGUUGUCGUCUUUUUGGAAGCUUCUGGCAUCUUCCAGUGUUAUGGGACCACUACGUUUCCAGUGUCAGCCACUGAAGUGCCUGGAUGUUGGUGACUGAAAUAUCCAAAUGCAACUUCUAGCACUGCAGUGUAAUGAAAAAAUAAAAAUUUAAAUACACAACAAAA